AUGUUUGAAUCACCAUCAUUCAUUCAGGUUCUUGACCGCUUCAAAGACAUCAAGUUUACGGCGGAAUAUAAAUACGAUGGUGAAAGAGCCCAGGUGCAUUUGUGGACGACAGAAAAGGGCAAGAUAGAGAUAAGAGUUUACAGUAGGAAUAGUGAGGACCUCACUGAGAAAUACCCCGAUGUCAUUGAUGCUAUACAGGAGAUGAUGAAUAUGCUUGACAAG